AUGUCUCUAACGUCGGUGAAAAUGGCAGAGGAGGUCUGGCUCACUUGUCUUACUCACGCGCUCACUACCGAAACAGAGGAGAUCAUGGGUCUACUCCUCGGCGACAUCCAAUAUUCAAAUAGUGGGAAUGCGACUGCACUAAUCUGGGGAGCAUCCCCACAGAUGCGGUCUGAUCGACGCAAAGAUCGUGUGGAGACUAAUCCUGAGUUGCUUGCUGCAGCUUCAGCUCAAGCUGAGAGAAUGACUCUGACAACAGGCAGAACAACAAGGGUUAUUGGGUGGUAUCAUUCACAUCCUCACAUUACAGUUCUUCCAUCUCAUGUAGAUGUUCGAACUCAAGCAAUGUAUCAGUUGUUGGAACAUGGUUUCAUUGGACUGAUAUUUUCUUGUUUUAGUGAAGAUGCCCAGAAGGUGGGAAAGAUUCAAGUUAUUGCUUUUCAAUCGAUGGAUGGGAAACAGAGGCAGGCACCACCUGUUACCAAUAGUUCCAUUAUAGAAGUUGAAUCAUCUUGGAGUUCCUCGGACAACACCUUCUUGGUAUCAACACCUGCAUUGACUGAAAGCUUUGAACAAGAUACUGGAGACUCUAGAGCAUCCAAAGCUAGUAAGGUUGGAGGAAAAUCUUCAGAUUUAGGGGAGCUCUUUUCUUAUGCCGAUGUCAAUUAUUUAGGAAAGCAAAGAAUGAGAGAGAAUGCGGGGGCUGAUUCAGACUCUUCAGAUAUGACACCAAGCAUGCAGGAGGCCUUGCAUCGUUCAAACAUGGAUAUGAGUGGUGCAGAGUACGUUAGGAAGGAAGUGCCACUUCAAGUUCUGCCAGCUAGGCAUAUGUUGAAGCUCAACUCUCCCUUGAAGUCAUUUACAGAUAUGCAGCAUGUACUAUUUGAAGAAGAACGAUCAGCGUAUAAGCAAGCCAUAUUUGAGAACAUGUGCAAUGGGAGGAUACACCCCCUAAAUUAUGUUCAUCAUACAUCAACAUACCAGGCUUCCCUCUGCAAACUAAUGGAGUAUUGUUUAAACCCUACGAUAAGCGCUCUGCAAGGCCGGUUGAAGGAAAAUGAAAUCAGGUUAAACAUGCUAAUGGAGGAGGCGCAAUCAUUAGAGGUGGAAGCCCGUGGCCGGAAAAGUGGAAUGCACUCUGAGUCUCCUCGCAGUCAUGUUGCUCGUGGAUUUCGGGGCAGUCCUUCUGUGGGGACCCGGGACUUGCAUGCUUCAGUGGACUCAGCUGUUACAAGAGCCCCGAGUGGCAGUGCAAGCAGAAGAAAGGCACCUUGAUCAUAUGCCACAAGUGUAUUCUGGUCUUGAAGGCACAUUUUGUAAUGUUUAAACCAGUCAACACUCUCUUCAGUUAUGUUUUCCUUGUGUUUUGUCCAUCUCAAAUCAGCAUUAUGUGUUAGGCAUGUGCAUAUAUCACUUAACAUUCUGCACUUAAGCUAACUGUCCAAUUGAGAAAAGGGUUCCGGCUCUGCUGCAUUGGGUCUUGAAGGUUUUGUUAUUAGUUGCAUUGCCUUGGCCUGGAAUGAAACAAUGGAGUGAAUAGAAUUGUUAAAAUAUUUUGAUAA